UUUUAAUUUAUGGUGGCUCUGGAGAAUUGGGAUCCGCAUUAGUUUCUUUUUUCAAAAAGCACAAUUGGGUGGUUACUUCUGUUGGUACUCGUCAAAAUUCUGAAGCUACCUAUAAUAUCAUCGUAUCUAAUGAUGAUGAUCUAGAAGCCCAAGGUAAAAAGGUUUUAACAGAAAGCAGUGCGCUGUUGAAAGGAAUUACUGUCGAUAAAUACGACGCAAUUUUAUGCGUAGCAGGCGGCUUUGUAAUGGGAAAUUUAACUGACAAAGGUCAAUUUAGAUCUGACUUGAUGAUCAGAAAGUCUCUUUAUUCAUCACUGGUCGCGUCACAAUUAGCAGCUCACCAUUUGAAAGAAGACGGUUUCCUGAUGCUGACGGGUGUUGCAGGAUUACAAGGCACACCUGGUUUCAUUGGUUACGGAGUUGCAAAGGCUGGUGUUCACCAACUUGUGAAGAGCCUAUCUGCCAAAAGUAGUGGAUUACCAGAGAGAGCUAGAGUUGUAGCAU